AUGACUAGGUGUAAACCUGUUGACAUACCAGUAGAGUACAAUGCGAAGCUCAGUGAUAAGAAUGAUAAAAUUCCUGUUAAUAAAGAAAGGUAUCAGCGGUUAGUCGGGAAGUUGAUCUACUUGUCUCAUACAAGACCAGAUAUUUUGUAUGCAGUAGGUAUUGUUAGUCAGUUUAUGCAAGCUCCCUAUGAGGAUCAUAUGACAACAGUUGAACAUAUCCUCCGAUACCUGAAAGGAACUCCUGGCAAGGGUUCUGUUGUUGACAGAAAAUCGACAUCUGGGUACUGUAUGUUUGUCUGGGAUAAUCUAGUCACCUAG